AUGAGUAUUAAUAACAAUAGCAUACCCGUGGUGAAUACUAAUCAAAGACUACCGCCAUUAUUAUUACCAAUAAGGGUAAACCCAGACGGUUUGGGUACCAUUCCUACAGGUAGUAGCCCUAGCAGCAGCAGUGAUUUAAACAAUGGUAGCAGUGAGAAAGAUACUAUAGACAAUGCUACAGAUACUAGUAAUUGCAAAACUCAACUUCACUAUUCUACCAACAAAAGUGCAAAUAGUUUUACUUCGAACAAAGACCCAUUUUUGAAAAGAUCAUUGGAAGAAUCACAAUUAACUGAUGAUUCAAAUCGUUUGCUCAAAAAAAAUAAUGACUCUACUGUAAUCGAAUCUAAAAAAUUUGAAAAGGAAUCAAGUAUAAAUUCUAGUGUUACAUCUACUUCGUUUUUUAGAACAUCUUGUUCAAAUAAUACCUCAAAAACGAGAUGUGAAGGACUGUCGUCUCUCGAGGAAUUAGCAACACUUGCAACCUUAGAGAAUUUAGCUAAUUUAGCAUCUAAGAGGCCCAAGUUAUGUUCUUCAGAUCUAAAUGAUACUUUAAACGCUGUAAAUGCAUUAUUAACUCCACCUUCAUUAAGAAAUUUAAAUUCAAAGUCAUAUUCUAACAAGCAUACCUAUAUCAAUUUAAAUAAAAAAAUAUCACCCAGUUAUGUCGAGUCGGCUUGUAGUACGGCAGACCAAUUACAAAAUAUAAUGUCGACUCCAAAUUCAGUUAGUUCCUUAAUUAGUGUUACUAACAUCAAGAAAGAAACGUCUACUAAUGUGGAAUCAAUCGACAAAAUAUCUAGAAAAAGUUCACCUUUAUCACCAUCAGUAACUCCUAACUACAUUGGUAAUGAUGGCACAUCAUCAUCAUCAUCCGCAAGAUCUUCAUUAGCACCUUCGUCAACCCCGAUUUCAGGCAGUACAAUUAGUAUACUUUCAACUAUUAACUCAGCUACCGCUAAUAAUAACAUAAAUAACGCUACAUCUGUAGGCACAACAACUCAAACACAUAUACAACCUCAAACACAAACAAAUUAUGGCACAAAGCGACAAAGAACUGGCCCUAGUUGUGAUAAAUGCCGUUUGAAAAAAAUUAAAUGUAAUGCGGUAAUUGAUAUUCUAAUACAAGAUGAAAAAAUGAUACCAAUGAUAUCAAAAUAUUUACAUCAUAUUUUGAAUAAAUUUGAAUUUCUUAAAUUAAAAGAAAGCUUCCCAGCCUUAAAUGACUUAGAUAUUGAUGAUGAUGUUUGGUUGCCGACAAAUCAAAUUUUGAUUAUUAAGCACAUUGAUAAAUUGAUAUUAUUUAAACCAUGCUUGUCAUGUUGCAAAAAAAAGUCUAAUUCAAAUUCACGUACCAAUACUAAUAAUAGCACUUAUCUUAAUUCCACUCAUCAUAAUUGUGUAUCAGGUGUUGAUAGCCAUAGUACUACUAGCUCAGAGAAUUCCCAGAAACUAGUAUCUGAAAAUGAGCAGUCGAGGAUUAAAAAUGAAAGCUCGUCAAUAGAGCAAUUUCGAUUUUUAAAAAAUAAUGGUCCAGAAAAUAAAUAUGAACCUCCUGGAAAGAAAGAAAAAGAUAAGCCUAAGGAUAAAAAUAAGAUAAUUAAUACUAACAUACCCUCGGAUAAUGACGAAAGUAUGGGAAAUGAUGAUAUGCUGGGUGGUAACUCUCGUUCACAUACUAUCCAUGAUCGUAUUUGCCAUCCAACUAAUAGUGACGAUAGCGAUAAUAAUUUGUCAUCCACGAUAAAGUUACAAACUUUAGAAUCAAUAUCAUUGUCACCAAGUGUUUGUACUUUUUCUAAAGGAUUUACAAGAGCCGAUAUUAAUAUAUUUUCCAAAAUAAAAUCCAGAAUAAAGAAAACUGACAUUUUUGAUAUUACUUAUGAAGAUUAUAAGAAGGUGGGUUUCUGA